CGUCUACGAUACCCUCGUCUCCCUCCCUAUUUUCGCUUCAUCUUUCGAAUAUCGCAACAAUCUUGGAGCCAAAGCUUCCAAUUCCUUGAGGAGAAUUUAAUAUAUUCUUUUUAAUUUACUGUUUUUAUUUUUUAUUUUUAUAGGGAAAGAGAACAAAAAUAUACCUUAGUAUUGCUACUUCACAGACAUAUAUCCCUUCUGAACAUAUAUAUCUCCAAUUUCAUCUGUACAUCUACGAAAUUUUGUUUUCCGUAACUCACAAAUUUCAGAAUUCUCAUCAAUUCAGAAGCUUCAAGUUUCGAUUAUAACUUGAUUUUGUUGAAACAUUUCGUUUGUUUUCUUCAAUUUCACCGAUUAUAGAUUUCUUCCUAUUUUUUGUCCUUACGUGGUCUCGCUCUUUGCGAUAAGUAAAUUUGGAAAGUUGUCGAUGUUGUUUCGAUUGUGUUUCUGUAACUGAUUGAUUCGUUGAAGUGGUGAGUUUUUGGAGCAAUUGAUGUGAGUUUCGGGUUUUGAAUUGGCUUUGAAAUUCGCAGAAUUGGGGAUUUGAGUUCGAAGGAUUUGUUGUUUCAAUUUGAAAAUUAGGGUUUUGGUUUUGGGAUGGUUGAGGAUUUUCCUAACGUACAACUUCGCGUGCGAGGAGUACAUCCCCACGUAACCGAAUUUUGAUGAAGAGAAAGAUGUUUGUGAAACGGACGGUGAAAGUGGAAAUGCCGAAACUCAAGCGGUGCAAAACCGAGGAGGAUGAGAAAUUGAAAACCGAAGAGCUGUUCACAGUGCCUAUAAAGGAAUUAGAGGAUUACCGCACUAGUUUGGUGGAUUCGUUUUGUAGAGAAGCUUUGAGUUACGCAGGUGAAGUAGAAUCAAGCUUGGCUUUAGCUGGAGCUUCGAGAAGCUUGGAAAAAGCUUUUGAGGUUCAUAACCAUAAUAAGCCUCCACUUUUGAAGUCUUCUCGUGGCCGCAUUCAAGUGCUUCCUUCAAAGUUCAAUGACUCUGUUUUGCCUUCGUGGAAGAAAGAACAAAACCCAGAAGAACAAGAGCUGUUGUGCUUGAGUGAGAAAGAUGAAGGAGCAGUUCUGCCUCACAAGAAAAGGUUCAAGUCUGAAGGGUAUAAUCAACGAAUGCAGCAUUUGCCUAGUUCUGUAAAAUUUGAGGAUAGACAAUUUGGUUAUAUGCAGAGUAAAGAUUGUUCUAGAAGUUCUGUGACGUCAGUAGGUGAAGUUGGUGGUUCUUCAGCUCUGGUGGAGAGUGGUGGGUGUGAAUCACGGGGGAANCGCGGGCGAGGAGGGGCUUUGCAAGGG